AUGGGGAAAAACAAGCAGAAAAAUGCAGUCGACCUCAAACGUUUCAAGGACGUUCAAAGCUUGGAGUACUACAAUAGUCUUGAUUGGGAUUCCAUUAUUUGGGAGAGGACAUUGGAUGCCCUAAAGAUUACCUUGAAUGAUAAGAGCAGUCUAUACAAGACGAGGGUCAAAUCAAAUAAAAACUACGUUGUGAAGUACUCCUUACGUGGAUUUCCAAAAGCGUUCCAGAUAAAGGUUAAAGAGGGCACUGUGAUGUCAAAUGCUAAAAGGGAGUUUCGGGAUACCCCAUUCGAAAGUGGCUCAAGGUCGACGAGUGAGGGGGGUAGUCCCGAGAGUGAAAGUGACGGUGAUGACCUUCAUAGAGAUGCCAAUGAUGAGGUUAUCAGGGUGGAGGGAGAGGAUGAUCCCGAGCAUUCUGAGCACGAGGAUGCUGAAUAUGGAAGGGUGGAAGGAAGGACAUACACACGUAGUGAUGAUAUGAUGAGGGACGUACGCGAGGAGGACGAGUUAAACCAAGUUGAUGUCUUUCAUGCGGACUCCGGUACAGAGCCUCCUGUGGAUGAGGAGUGUCCUGAGUAUGCUGCCCGCCGCAGGGAGGGAGCCAAUGCAGACGAGUCUACUUAUUCGUACCUGUGGUCCAUUGACAGCGCACUAUCGAGGUUGGAUGGUCAUAUAUCGGGUUUAGAUAGUCAUGUCUUCAGUAUGGAGGAAAACAUGACUGACAUGAAAGGGCAAUUGUCGACCAUCCUUUCAUUGUUGCAGUCUAUGCACAAGGGUUCCACGGUGAAUGAGGAGAUGACCAGGUCACCCAUCCCAUCUCGGGAGCCCGAUACGACUGUGACUGCUUCUGACACUCCAAUCCCCAUCCUCCCUCUACAGCCCGAUACCACCCCUUCACCUACUCCCAACCCCCUAUACAGCCCGAAACCAUCAUUACCAUGACAUCAUCGAUUGACG